CGAACUAGAAAUCGAUUAAUAUCAAUUGGAAGAAUAUUUCGGAUAUUAUAACAGCUAAAAUCCUAAAAUUUCGUAUAUAAAAGAAAACUAGAAAUCGAUAAAUCUCAAUUGGUAAAAUAUCUCGAAGAUUAUAAGAGCUACUAUCCUAAAAUUUGGUAGAUAAUAACUGCUGGAAGCUCAAUUUGAGAUCUAGAAAUCGAUAAAUAUCAUUUGCAAGAAUAUCUCGGAAAUUAUAACAGCUACAAUCCUAAAAUGUGGUAUAUAAUAACUGCUGGAAGCUCGAUUAGAGAGCUAUAAAUCAACUAAUAUCAAUCGUGAGAAUAUCUCGCAGAUUAUACUACAAUUAUAAAAUUUUGCAUAUGAAAACUUCUGGAAGCCAGAUUUGAUAGCUGAAAAUGUCAUCAUAAUCUAAAUCUAAACAUAAAAGAGAUUUGAAACUGAAGAUCGCGUGUCUGAGUUAUGUUACCCUCGGUACAGGGUAUCUACCCGUCGAACCAUAGAGCACUCUUGUUGUUGUCGACGGCAAAGCAAAUUGUCACCAGGCAUCGACCAAACAGCGCCAAGCGCCGGCACACAAAGCUGGCCUGGUCGGGGCCUGGCAACGGCGCCAACGAAAUAGAGACAGGAUAUGCAUAAAACCAUAACCGCAACAGGAGGUGGCUGGGCAUAUUCCCCAAGUUCAUUAGACCCAUCGAUGGGCCCCGCGCCACAGUUCUUGCUGCUGCUGCUGCUGCUGUCAAUGGGUUCCUGUCUGUUGGUGGCGAGUCCCAAGCGUUCAAUGGCACGAAAUGGAAAGUUUUGCCGCCAAACGCACAUAAAUCCAGUCUAAAAAUAAUCAACGCAAUCGAAACGCAAAUUUCGCAGCAGAGAUGUACGAGCCGGAGGCGGAGUCGGACGAGGAUUGCGAAGUUUACUUCCUGAAGCCCGUCAACGAGUACAACAUCGUGGACAAGAUCAAGGAGGCCAACAAGCAGCUAUUUGCGCUGUACGAUGACGAAGAGGCGGGCGCUGGCCAAGAUCUCAAUCCCAAUAGCAGCAGCCGCAAGGUGACUUUUGCGCUCAAUCUGGAGGAUUACGAGCCGACGCCAAUGCAGCAGCAGCAGCAGCAGGAGGAGGUAACCAGUCCGCCGGCCGAGCUGCUGCAGCAGUUGGCGCAGCUGAAGCUGAAAACGGAGCGUGGCGAACGCUUUGCGCCCAUCGCCGAGGAGGAGCCGGUCCAGGAGCUGGCGAGAGCAGAAGUCGAGCUGCAGCAGGCGGAGCCAGAAGUGGAGGAGGAUAUAUGCGAGGAAAUCCUGGAGCUCAGCGAAAUGGAAAACAGCAAGAAGCAGCCAGAAACCAGCCAAAUCCCGGCCAGUAUGGAGUACGAGGAGGAUGACUUUUCGGGCGUGGACGAAAACGAUCUCCAGGCUGCCAGCGAAACGCUAACCGCAGACAUCCAGAAGCAUCGCAUUGCUCGCCAGAACACAUUUGACCUGAACGCUGAAGAAAUGCCUGACGAUGAGUCGGAUCAGAGGAGUCUGACCAAUCUGCUCACCGAGUCCGACUGCGAGGAGGAUGAGCGCGUCGUGAACGAGGCGCGCAUUAAAUUGCGCCAGGCCUACAAGAGUCUGUACAAAACGCUGGAUGCCAAGGAGCAGGCGCAAAUAAAUAGAUUAACUGGCCAGGACAGCGGGAAUGUGGAAGAGGAUGACUUGUCCAUCAUUGUGGCCAGCUAUAUACCCGACGAUUUCGAGCUGGACGAGCGCAGCAUUUACUAUAAAAAGGAUGACGAGACGGCGCAAACGACCAACAACAACAACAACGCGAGCAGGAGCACCAGCACGAAGACCUUCUUUAAUGCCCGCCGUUUUAGCUUUAGGCGGCGCGCCAGAGCCACGCCCAGUGCGCCAGUUGCUCCCACGCCCGACAUCAAAAUGAAUUAUAAAAUCUGCUGCGAGCAGCGGCAUGCGCUGCAGGAGAAGCUGCCCCGCUACACCGGCUACAUGUCCGAGUAUGGGCUGAGCGCGAAGCAGCUGCAGCAACGGGAGCAGCAGCUGCGGCGCAAACAGCGCUUUUCCAUGGAGCAGACGCUGAAUCGGAACGAGCACGAGCUAAAGAAGUUGCAGGAUAAUGAGCGUGCCUUUACCACCUGGCUGAAGAACAAGAUGCGUUAUCCCAUCAACAAGACGCGCAACAUGUUCGAUGCGACGCGAAGGCGCGCCACCGUAGCAGCUGCCGCAAUCAGUCCCAAUCCUCAGCAGCAACAGCGCCGGGAGCAGCAGCACGAGCAGCUGAGGUCGGGUCGUCGGCGCGACAGCAACGAGGUGCACGCCUAUCGCUAUCUGCUGGGCAGCUGGAACAAGUAGACGGUAUAAACAAUAAUAAAUAUACUAG